AGAGCUCGAUGACGAGCUGAUCAUUUGAAUCAGGAGUACAGAUCACUGCUUCCCAUCCAUCCACUGAGUAUUAAUUAGAAGUGAGCUAACACUGCGCUAUUCUGGAGACGACAGAAGGUUUACAUUCAGUUCGUUUGUUGCUUUGUUGUCACAGUACACACGCGGGUCAGUAGGGGGCAGUGUUCACACUCAGCGUUGUUCCUCAAGUGAACAGGAAGCAGAAGAAGACGCUGCAUUCCACCAGGCUGGUCUGUACAUGUCUGCAGUCCUCCAGCUUCAUGUCGGGUCUGGACGGACCGUGCAGUCUGCGUGCUGUGGACUGAACAGAAGCCUGAAGUGACAGUGACAGACGGUAGCAUGAGCGGAGAAGCUAACCUGCGGUGAAUCCGGUCGAUCAGUGGUUGAGGAUCAGCUGAUGGCGCCGAACAGUUAACGUGAGAGAAGUUCAUCCAGUCACUGACCUGAGGCCAGCUCCUCCUGUGUUGUUCCUGUGUUUGCCUGUAGCGGUGGAGCUGAGACACUUCCCCGCGUGCUGUCCGCGCCAUGACCCGGCCUCCCGUGUGACCUGAUGGGGCUUCUGAGGAGCACGAUGCCGCCGCACAGGUUCCAGCUGCUGGCUGUUCUGGCGUUUGGAGUGGCGAUGCUGUUCAUCGAGAACCAGAUCCAGAAACUGGAGGAGUCCAGAGCCAGACUGGAACGUGUCAUUGCCAGACACGAGGUGGCUGAGGUGGAGCAGCGUCACAGCGAAGAUGUGCGGUGGGACUCGUCACGUCCGGUAGACAAAGACGACAUGGUCAUCAUCUACAACAGGGUGCCCAAGACGGCCAGCACGUCCUUCACAAACAUUGCCUACGAUCUGUGUGGGAAGAAUGGCUUCCACGUCCUGCACAUUAACACGACCAAAAACAACCCUGUCAUGUCUCUGCAAGACCAGGUGCGCUUUGUCAGGAACGUCACCUCGUGGAGAGAGAUGAAGCCCGGCUUCUACCACGGCCACGUGGCUUAUCUGGACUUUUCCAAAUACGGGGCGAGGGGUAAGCCCAUGUACAUAAAUGUGGUCCGGGACCCCAUCGAGCGCCUGGUGUCGUACUACUACUUCUUACGUUUUGGAGACGACUACAGGCCGGGUCUGCGACGGAGGAAGCAAGGGGACAAAAAGACCUUUGACGAGUGUGUGUCAUCAGGGGGGUCUGACUGCGCUCCUGAGAAGCUCUGGCUGCAGAUCCCCUUCUUCUGCGGCCACCAUUCAGAGUGCUGGAAUGCAGGCAGUAGAUGGGCCCUGGAGCAGGCCAAGUACAACCUGGUGAAUGAGUACCUGUUAGUUGGAGUGACUGAGGAGCUGGAGGACUUCAUCAUGAUCCUGGAAGCAGCACUGCCACACUUCUUCAAGGGAGCCACAGAGCUUUACAGAACCGGAAAGAAGUCCCAUCUGCGGAAGACCACAGAAAAGAAGGCCCCCAACAAAGAGACAAUAGCCAAGCUGCAACAGUCCGACAUCUGGAAAAUCGAAAACGAGUUUUAUGAGUUUGCACUCGAACAGUUUCAGUUUGUGCGUGCCCACGCUGUCAGGGAGAAAGAUGGAGAACUUUAUGUCCUUGCCCAGAGCUUCUUCUAUGAAAAGAUCUACCCCAAAGUGAACUGAACGUGUAGUCAAAGAAGACUGACAAGGGCUGCAUGGGGACUGUCUAUUAGAAGUCAUUUACACUGGGAGGAAAAGACACAAGUUCACCAAGUGGUGGUGGCAAACCCUCAAAUGCUUUUUAAGGGACUCAAAUUUUGACCUCUUUCAGGUGGUACUGUGGAAUUUCCACAAAGAAUGUGUCUAAUUGUUGUUGUUUUUUUAUUGCUGGUGCAGCUGUUGAGAAAAGCGAACAUGGAUCAUCUUCAGUCUGAGCUGUAAGAAAGAAUUCAAGCCUACAGUAGUCAGUCAGUCACUCAGUGUGAUAGAUCUCAAAACCCACAAGCAGCCUUUGAUUUAUGAAGUCCUGUGUUUUUUUUUUGUUUUUUUUUGUGGCAGUCAAGAUAAAAGCAGCAAAACUGUAGUUCAACAAGUUUGAACGCAUCUUUAACUCUGAUUAUUUUCUGUCUGACAGAUUUGAAAAGACAGUGAGUGGAGAAAGCUCUUCACCGUUGUACAUGUUUUAGCACAGUACGUUUUAGGUGCACAAAUUCUUGUUUACAUUGACAAAGGAUAAAAGCAGAAAACAAAAGAUCCGAGCUGCGUUUGUACAUACUGUAUUAACAUGCAGUGAACAUGUUUUUGGACCAAAUAGUAGCAACAGAAUUUGGAUUGGACCGUUGCAUCCUUUGGUGCGUGACUAGUAAUUUUUUAUCCCACUGAGGCGUUCUCAAUUUUUUAGACAUGUUUAACACAUCGUGUCAGUAUUUUCUCACAGGAAUCAUGCUGUGCAUAUUUGAUAUAUCUGACAGCUGCUGUUAGCCUGUGGAAGAAGCACAGCUGGAGUAGGAGAAGUACAGGGUUUACCGAGCUUUGACAUGGUCACAGGGUCAUUUUUAGCAGAAUGAGACAAGGCCAAAGGGCGAACUGAUAGUGCCUUUAUUACAACCUUUAGAACAUUUCUUUAUUUGUUACAAUCAUCUUUUCAUUUCUGUGUGUGUAUUUUAUGAACUGCAGGUUCUGUUUCUCUUGUUUCAUACUCACCCUUUUAACAAGUUAACAUAAAUGCAUUCUUGAAAAUGA